CUUGCUCUUGCAUUAGCCGAUUCUCUCCUUCCUUGUGCGUUUGUUUACAAGGUAUUUGAAGCUCUAGGAUGUCGGGUCGCGGCAAAGGCGGGAAGGGUCUUGGGAAAGGGGGCGCCAAGCGCCACCGCAAGGUGCUGCGCGAUAACAUCCAGGGCAUCACGAAGCCUGCUAUUCGCCGCUUGGCUCGUCGUGGAGGAGUCAAGCGCAUCUCUGGGCUGAUCUAUGAGGAGACCCGGGGCGUGCUGAAGGUUUUCCUGGAGAAUGUCAUCCGCGAUGCCGUGACUUACACGGAGCACGCUAAGAGGAAGACUGUGACGGCGAUGGAUGUGGUCUAUGCCUUGAAGCGCCAGGGCCGCACGCUGUACGGAUUCGGCGGCUAAAUAUUCCUGCAGCGAACGACAAAAUACCCAAAGGCCCUUUUAAGGGCCACCUACUCAUUCAUA